GCUCUGGCUUCUCCCAGCAGCAGCCUCUGAACUGGUAGCCUCCCGGUGAGUGGUGGAAUCUCAACUUCCCUAAAGCACCGUGGCCCAGAGCCACAGGUGUCCAGCAGGAUGCCCAACAUCACUGAUACCCUGUAACAGGCAACCGGGACUGCGCCAAAUUUAGAGUACCAAGAUUUGUGAACUAUGGCUCUAAAGCGCAUUCAGAAAGAGCUCCUGGAUAUGACUCGUGACCCCCCAUCUCACUGCUCUGCUGGUCCUGUAGACAAAGAUAUGUUCAAGUGGCAAGCAACCAUAAUGGGUCCCAAUGACAGCCCCUAUCAGGGAGGUGUCUUCUUCCUAAGCAUCUGGUUUCCUUUAGGUUACCCAUUCAAACCACCGAAGAUAGCAUUUACUACCCGAAUUUACCAUCCGAAUAUUGGUAAAAAUGGAGGCAUCUGUUUAGAUAUCCUCAAGGCCGAGUGGUCACCAGUGCUCACAAUUUCCAAAGUACUCUUGUCCAUCUGCUCCAUGUUGUGCGAUCCGAAUCCGCAGGAUCCUUUGGUUCCUGAAAUUGCCAAGAUGUAUCUAAAGGACCGAAGAGAGUAUGAGAGACUCGCUCGAGAAUGGACUGAGAAAUACGCCAUGCGUGAUUUCCAAAUCUAAUUUAUUUGCCAAAA